AGAAAAAAAAAUAAAGAGAGAUGGGAAAAUUUGAAAAAUAUUUAAUGAUAUUAGUUGCAAUUACAAUAACAACAUUAAUAUUGGGAAAUUAUAAUGUAAGUGCAACUGAGUUUAUUGUAGGAGAUGACCAAGGAUGGGAUAUUCCUGCCUCAUUAACAAUGUACUCUACUUGGGCUUCUCAACAAAAGUUCUCUGUUGGUGAUGUAUUAGUAUUCAACUUUUUAAGUGGAGUUCAUACAGUGGGCUUGGUAGAGAGUACUGCAUUUGAUACAUGCGAUACAAGUAGUACAAUUUCAGUUAUUUCAGAAGCUCCUGCAAGAAUUCCUCUUCAAGAAAUAGGACAACUUCACUUCAUCUGCACUGUGGGUAGUCAUUGUUUGUCAGGUCAAAAACUAGCCAUUAAUGUAACCGACAAUUCAUCACUAUUGUUUUCGCCAGCGCCAUCACCAUCGCCAUCGCCUUUGUCAGCUCCUAUGGAUUCUUCAUCUUCAAUAUACACUCCCUUUGCCAAUUUCUAUUUGUUAUCUUCUCUUGUUUUUGUUUUAUUAUUUUAGAGUUUAUCCUCUUGUUAACUAUUUGGAAUUCCUUAUGAGUU